GAUCGAAUCGAUAAAUUUCCGUAAUGAUAAUCCACUGUAUUUACGACAAUGGCUCUCGUGGUAAUCGUUAAGUACACAAAGUGAAUGAUUAUUUUUAAACAAAUGAAAACAACAUGGCGCCAUCUAUGUGUUUCACCCGCUGUGAACCGGUAGUGCGGAGCGCGACUCGAGGGUUGUGUGUAAAUUGUUUUCUGCGAUUCCACCUCGAACUACAGGGCAAGAUGGUGAGUUGGACUCAAAUACAGGCCCAACUGCGCGACCCCAAUAACCCAGUGGUUUUCUUCGACAUCACUAUCGGCACAACGGAAGUUGGCCGAAUGGUUAUCGAGUUGUUUGCGGAUGUGGUUCCAAAAACGGCUGAAAAUUUUCGUCAAUUUUGCACUGGUGAAUAUCGACGAGACGGAGUUCCGCAAGGCUAUAAAGGUUGCUCCUUUCAUCGCGUUAUCAAAGAUUUUAUGAUCCAGGGCGGCGACUUUGUUAAUAACGACGGAACGGGUUUGAUGAGCAUCUAUGGCGGUCUGAAAUUCGCCGAUGAAAAGUUUGCCUUAAAACACGAUGCAGCUGGCCUUCUAUCCAUGGCCAAUAGCGGCAAGGACACAAACGGUUGUCAGUUUUUCAUUACCUGUGCUAAAUGCGAUUUUCUAGACGGCAAACACGUUGUAUUUGGACGAGUCCUCGACGGUUUGUUAGUAAUGCGGAAAAUUGAAAACGUACCCACUGGUGCUAACAACAAACCCAAGAUUCCUGUUGUUAUUUCACAAUGUGGACAGAUGUAAACAACGGUCGCGGGAACGUUAUCUACAUGUAUAUGCUAAUAUAAUAUUAGUAAACGGCGCCAUAAGCAAAAGUGGAGAUUUCAACGAACCAGUGAUGUAUUACGAAUAUAACAACCCAGACGCAUUUAAUGAUAUAUGGAAAAACUUUAACAACUAAGUUCCUACAAGCUUUCAUGUGGCCUGAAAGGCAAAAUAGGUUUUGGCUGAUUUUUAUUGCUGCAAUGAGCCUGCUUACCUCAUCUGGAUUAUUUAUUAUUAUUUUUUUUCAUUAAACAAAGUGUUAGAUGGCAAGCAAAUAUUCACAGUUCCGGCAACCUGCUUUAAACCUGUUAAAAAAUUAUAUGUACAUCAUGAAUUUCUGAAAGAAUGCGUUGCUUACAAACGCAAAUUGUACCAUUGUAUAUAUAUAUGUUGUACACUAAUAAAUGUAAAAUAUCGUAAGUUUGUACAUGGGCUAA